UUCAGUUAAAAGGAGACGUUGUGGAAAUGCUCAUGCGAGCACACUGCAUUUAUAUCUGAUCGAGAACCCUGGUUCAAGAUUAGAAUAACGUCAAAGCAUCAUGAACUUCUGUGUCUAAAGAGCGCGCCAAAAGGAGGACCCAAAGUAAAAUCGAUGUAAAAUCUCUUCUUGAUCUCGUCACCACUUCCCACCACCAUCGCAUUUGGCCAUCAUUGCCUCCCAAAAGUCAUCCUCUUCUCGUAGUCCACCAUUUUUACCACGACUUAUCAACUUCACUAUCAACCUCCGUUCGCAUAGCGGGACGGGACAGUCUGCAUCCCGUUGCCAGAGUUGACCACUGACCACUGCACUCUGACGAAAGAUGUCCCACGAGAAGGAAAACCAAGUAAGGACGAGAAAUUAUCAAACAAGUCUCUUCCUCUUCCCAAAAAGCCACAUACUGUAUACCUACCUACUCUUCAUGGCUUCGACACGCCCUCCAUCACUUGAUGCCCUGCGGAGCAUUUUGACAGCCAAGCCACCAAAAGACCUGUCACCUACGGUUUGGGAUCAGAACACGAUUGAUGAUGUCGACUGUCGUCCAAAAUUAUUUAUUUUUUCUUUUUCGUUUUUGGGGCUUUUUUUUUUUUACGCUUGCUAGUCAGGCAGUGUCCGUCGACA